GAUGAUGAGAAUUAGUCGUCAGAAGCUGCGCGAGUGAACACGCAAAACUUCUGUGCUGCUCUGUACUUGAGUUCAUAUAAAACUCAACGCCAGUUUAGCACCGUUUUUGGAAGUUGUCUACCCUUGGAGAAUGUGUUUCCAGUGAAGCUACUGUUCACAUCUUCGGGGUACGGAUCGAGUUAGACUUGCAGUACCUGAAUUGAGAAAUAUUUUGACAAGAUUGCUACAAAACUUUUGUGUUGCAUUUGAUGACAAAAUUCUUCAUUUUUCCCAUGACUAAAAGGAUCAGCAAAACAUUCAAAUACUGAAGGUAGAAACUGGAUUCCUUCUCUUGACAACAUCUGAAAUCUUAAUCAACUCUCAACCGUAUCCAAGUGCUUCCUUUCCAUAGAUCCUCAUCUUUGAAGAUACGUAAUCAGUGGCUAGCAUGGAGUCGAACAAACACGUGGCUUGGAUCCUGUUUCUCUGCUUCCUGGUGUUCCUUCAGUACCCUGGGAUCUCUGGCCACGGUCGUCUCAGAGCCCCACCCUCACGGUCCACCAUGUGGAGGUAUGGCUUCGCCUCUACCCCCAACUACAAUGACCAUGAACUGAACUGCGGCGGGUUCUCCAACCAUUGGGGACGAAACAAAGGAAAAUGCGGAGUGUGCGGGGAUAACUAUCGAGACAGUCAGCCAAGAGCCAAUGAGGGUGGUGGAAUGUAUGGCAGAGGGAUGAUUGUGAGAGAGUACUCACAAGGCGAGAUAAUCGAAACGGAAGUAGAAAUCACCGCCAAUCACAUGGGUUUCUUCGAGUUCAGUCUCUGUCCUCAUAAUAGUCCCCUUGUACCAGCAACAGAGGAUUGUUUUCAACCUUUAGAACUGGCGGAUGGAUCAGGAACACGCUGGCCGCUACACAAUGAUGUUUCUCCAAAGAGAUACAAGAUCGCCGUCAAACUUCCGGCGGAUGUGACGUGUACGCAAUGCGUUUUCCGGUGGUACUGGAAAUCAGGUAACAACUGGGGAAUAGAAGACGGACACAGUGGUUUGGGCUACGGGCCUCAGGAAACAUUCAUUGCUUGUUCGGACAUCGCGAUCCAUGCCGGAGAAACCCGAGUCGUGUCUUCGGCGGCCAGCGCACGACGUCCGGGCAGAAGACCAUUGGUGGGUAGACCCAGACCGGUUACAACAACAACGACAACGACAACUACACCAGUAACACCGCCGAGAAGAAGGGAGUGGCAUCGUCACAGAGACGAAGAGGAUUCAGAAGAUUCAGAUAGAUCUAUUCCAGAGAUCGCGUUUGAUGCUGGGUCGAGAAGCUCGGAUGAUUCUCAAUGCCGUUCUGUUGGAAUAUGGCGGUCUGUCGGCGGGUUGGAUGCGUGGUGCGUUACGAACUGUGCACGAGGCUACUGUCCUGCGACACACUGCUGUUGUAAUUGCUGAAAACAUUUCAAAAAGACAUAUGUUUUCGUAAUAGAUAUGUUGUGUCCUUUUUUUAUAACGGUGCAAUCACUCAUAGGCCCAAAAUGAGGGUGUGUUAGGAUAUGAAGCGCAAUCAGGUCGAUUAUAAUUGUCAUCACGUCCUGUACAUCUUUUUCUGUAACAUGUUACAGUCUCCAUCGGUUUGAGAAAACAUGCCAGCUAAGAAGAGAAACGAAUCUAGCAAUUUGUUUAAAUCAUUGUUGAUGUCAUUGUUUACCUAUUGCUAUUCAUACAAGACUUGACUGAGCCACGAAAUUUCAUUUCACAAGUUACCUCCCUUUGUAUGAUAUUUUCAAACCUACUGAGCUUGUAAAUCCGAGAGUAAGCAUACCUGUAUAAGGACCUCCGAGGGCGUACGGCAUACCCUAUGUCAUUUAGCUGAACCCUCAUCGUUUCCAUGUCUGAGGAGGCAAUGUCAUCAUCUUGCAGUUUUCUUAAUUCAAUAAUGACUCUUCGUCGUCAUAUGGCUGAAAAAUUUUUAAGUACGACGUUUUAGCUCGAGCAGUCAUUCAUUUAAGAUUUCAAUAUGAAAUAAACUACCAAGUGUUUUUGUAUUCAAGGAUCCAAUUCACGCUGGCAUUUUGAUAUCCACAUACACUGCAAUAAUGUCACAAUUGUUAUAUCGUACUAUAGCGUUGUCGUAUGCCAUAAUGUGUUGUUUAUACGGUUGUACAUAUUUAAGCAACUUCGUAUAAUCUGCACCAAAGUUGUUGUCUCUGUCAUUAAUUUUAUGUGGUUUUUUUUUUCAGUUUUUGUGUUGGAUAUUUUAUAUUGACACUUCAAGUCUGAAAAAAUCAUCAUUCUUAUAUUAUUAUUUUUACAUGCCCAGUAUGUUUUAUGUUUCCUGUCAUGGUCCCACGAGGAGAAUAAAGCUAUUCACACCCGCAUAAUAAUAGUCAUACGUAGCAUGUCUCAUACUGCAUCCUCUGCACAAUCAGUUUAUCUACAGUUAUACAGUUAUAUUUAUACAGUUAUAUGUACAUGUACAUAAGAUCUGGAUUUCUAACCAUGUCACGUGAAAUAAAAAAAAAUAUAUAUAUAUGGUUGUAUAUAAAAUUA